UCCUAAGGCGCGCCCUUCCCCCACCCUUUCUCUGGCCUUAUCUACUGCGCAGACGCAUAGAGAGUAUCAAGAUGGCGGCCCCCGUGGAUCUGGAGUUGAAGAAGGCUUUCACAGAGCUUCAAGCCAAAGUUAUUGACACUCAACAGAAGGUGAAGCUUGCAGACAUACAGAUUGAACAGCUAAACAGAACGAAGAAACAUGCACAUCUUACAGAUACAGAGAUUAUGACUUUGGUAGAUGAGACUAAUAUGUAUGAAGGUGUAGGAAGAAUGUUUAUUCUUCAAUCAAAGGAGGUAAUUCACAAUCAGCUGCUAGAAAAACAGAAAAUAGCAGAAGAAAAAAUUAAAGAACUAGAAAGGCCUGGCAGCAAAGCUCAUGCUGAUGUUCCGGGGUUAUGGCUUUCCGGCUGUGGCAGAGUGAGUUGGCAGAGAGGGUACAUCAGGCCUGGUCCCUGUGCACUGCAGAAAAAAUCCUACCUGGAACGGAGUGUUAAGGAAGCCGAAGACAAUAUCCGGGAGAUGCUGAUGGCCCGAAGGGCACAGUAGGGAAUCUCUAGGGGAAGCUUUCCUCUGAGCCCUCCCAUUCCUGGCAAGUAUAGAAGGGCCUGCUGGUGAAACAGCUCCCCUUCGCCCCAAAGGACACUUUAUGUGGAUGGACUAGCACCCCCACAUUUCCUUCGUCACUUUGAGCCCCUUUUAGGCCCCAGCCCUGUAUGUUUUAUCUUGGCUCUCCUCCCACCCCUGCCUGGACACUUCUCUCUCGUGGUCUGAGUCCUGAACUCCUAGGAGAGGGCAACUGGGAGCCAGCACAAAGGCAUGCUCCACCUAAGCUACUAGACACACUGGUCUGACCAAUAAAGGCCCCAGUCUCACUGUGCUAUGUCUGCUUUUCUUAAACUGAGGAAUAGGAGCAGAGGGCAAGUGGCUGUGUCUGCCUCAGCCCCUCCCCACCUCUCCAGGACUGUGGUCCUACUCCUGUGUUUGAUGCCUUCUCCUCCUCAGGGAGUGGGAUCUUUUCCCUCUUUCGCCUUUUUUGUAUUUUUUACUGACUCUUUCAUCGUCCUGAGCCUCUAUGUAAUGGAGCGAAGGAGAAGGAAGAAGACUUGAAUUCAGUUCCACUAUAGAAGCCUGCCUAGAGGGCCCUUUCCCCACCUCCUCCCCAACGUUCCAAAGGAUGUUCAAUAACCAGCAGCACCUUCGAGGCUGUGUCCCUCUGGCCAGUGUCAUAAGAAGGAUGUUGCCCUCUGAAGCGGCUUAAAGGCUUGGUUAGUGGUGAGCUAGAGCUGGCCUGUCCUGGUUCAGAAAAGCCAAGUAUCCCAUUUCUAGGAAUUUUGUUGUAAGCCAAUUGUUAAAAAACAGCCAUUAUUAAAUUAAUUGUGUAAGUUACAUUAAAAUGAAGGUGAGGACCA